UGUACUCUAAAAGAUAAUAUUUAUAGUUAUGUAAAUACUCGAAUAUCGUAGUUUUAUUGCUGAAUUUGUAUGUUUGUAACGUCAUUGAUUUGUGUAUACUGAGAUCAGUCAAACGUGGAACUGUUUACUUUCUAGGCUACCGCUCGCCUUCAGGAAUUAUUUUGUUGUUGUACAGACAUGGAGACUCGUGUCACCCAUGUGAAUUCAGGGGAAAAUGAAGAUCCAGGAGCUGCUCCUUAUGGAAACUUUAUCAAUUAUUACACCUUCAACCCACCAGAGAAUCGCCUGGGUUUGAUACCAGAAGCGCUGCUUCAAAACAUCGGAUUCACUUCUGGCGAUGGUGAACGAGUUUUAAUGCUGGAUGUGGGGUGUAACUCAGGGGAUUUGUCUGUUGCUCUAUAUAGGCAUUUACUAAACAAGGAGGCCUCUGCAAGUGACUCUCCUAAACGAGAGCUGUACAUGCUUGGAUUUGACCUGGACCGAGAUUUAAUCGUCCGUGCACAAACCUCAAACCCCUUUCCCCUAAACAUCCAGUUCAUCCCCCUGGAUAUCACAGAUGACACUGAAAGCCGAGCAGUGCUACGGGCCUAUUUGGGGAAGUUUGGAUGCAGCCGUUUCCACUUGUGCACUUGUUUUGCGGUGACGAUGUGGGUGCACCUGAACCAUGGAGACGCUGCUUUUCUGUCUCUUCUGUCUAGGCUGGCAUCUCACUGUGAGCAUCUGCUGUUAGAGGCUCAGCCAUGGAAGUGUUAUCGUUCUGCUGCGCGACGGUUACGCAAACUGGGCCGAAGUGACUUCGACCACUUCAAGGCCCUUAAGAUCCGAGGAGACAUGGCGGCACAUGCUAGAGAGCACUUGGAAAAGCAGUGCAGCAUGGAGCUGGUGCAGUGUUUUGGUAAUACGUCGUGGGACAGAAGUCUUCUGCUCUUCAGAAGACGAUGAUGAUGAACUGAUUAAUGGAUGGAUGAACUCCUCAGCCUUCUGACUAUGGACAGAAACCAGACUCCUUACCCUUGUCUGGAAUUCAAACAUUGUUUGUCAUUCAAUUUAACUAACACAAGAGGGCACUGGUGAUCCUUAAUUUUGCCAUUAAUUUAAUGGAACUUUUUAUUGUGUGUUUCGGAUUCAUGCCGUAGUCAACAUUUAAAGUGGACAAAAAAAAAAAAAUA